UCUACCCCAAGAGCUGGUGCACUACAAAUUUAGUAUUUACUACGCUCCACUAAUUACUAGAUGUGACUAAAAGAGCUUCCCUUUUUCUGUGAUCACUUUCCUUCUCUCUUCUCCACCGUCUCUCUUCCCCUCGGACACUCCAACCCCAACUCCUUUAUGCUUCAAAACACCAAAGAGAAGCCACAGAGAGAGUUAGAGAGCCAUGGGAUCUGAGGCAGAGCCAGAGUCACCAAAGCUACCCUUGUUCUCCAUUUCACACAUACAGUCAAAUGAGCCUUCUGGGUGUCUAACCCCACCCUUCUACAGUUCAGUUUCAGUACCAUUCAGAUGGGAAGAAGAGCCAGGAAAGCCAAGGCCUUGCACAGACCUUGCAACCAUACCAAACCCAGUUGACUUAUCCCCAAAGUGCUUGGAACUCCCUCCAAGGCUGUUGCUUGAGACCAAAUUGCUCUCACCCACCACAGUGUUGGAGGGUCCUUAUGUGGGGAGAUCAAGGUUUCAGUCCUCUUCUUUUAGGAUGGUGGGGAGGGACUGUUAUGGGUCUUUUAGCGCUGAUCAUGAGAGAUCAGGGCAGCAUGGUGCUUUGGUUAUGAGCAAGAGUGGGGUUAAGGAAAGAAGGUGGUUUGAUUCAUGGGGGAGGAGGGUCUUUAAGGGUAAAAGAGAGGUUGGUGGGGCUAAUUAUGUCUUUCCAUCAUCUGUGGAUGGAGAGAGUGAUGGUGGUGGUGGUGGUGGUGGCGGUGGCGGUGGCGGUGUUGGAAAGAGUAGUAGCUUCAGGGUGAAGAACACAAGGCAUAGAAGGGCCAGGAGCUUUUCCAGUCUCUCUCAUUCAAGGCCUCAGUUCUGGGCAACUAUCAAACAAGGGUUGAAGCAGGUGGUUCCAUGGAAGAGUAGGAAAUCAAAACAAGAUGGGAUUGUCAUUUAGACUUGUCUCUGGGCACCAUAGUAUGUGUCCACGUUAAUUACCUGUCAACUGCUGUAGUCAUGUAGUCAUAAAAAAAAACUGCUCUAGUCGUGUAAUAUUAUUUUAUGUGUAAAGAAAAACAACACCGGGCUCAAAGCCGGAUCGGGUCCCAAAUGUCGGUGGACGUUGUAAUCAGUUAGUGCCCCCAUAGGGACAUCUGAAAUGAAAGUUUGCUGGCUUGAAAUGCA